UUGCAGCAUAGGCAUAGACAUGGCCGGCAAAGGGACAAACGCUACUACGACACGGGAGUGAGUGAGGGGGGCACGAGCUAUGUGCCAGAGCCGGGGUCUGGGGGACCCGAUCGGGGUCCGUGGGGCCCCUGGAGCAGCGAAGGUCCUUGUUCGCGUACCUGUGGUGGCGGGGUCACCUAUCAAACCAGGACGUGCACAUCUAGUCAUUGUUCUGGUGCUACCAAACGAUAUAUGUCGUGCAAUAUUCAGGAUUGUCCUGAAGGUUCAAGAGAUUUCAGAGCCGAACAAUGUUCAGCUUUCAAUGUGGAACCAUUCGACAAUGUUUAUUACGAGUGGAUUCCGUACACAAAAGCACCGAAUAAGUGCGAACUGAACUGCAUGCCGAAGGGGGAGCGUUUUUACUACAGGCACAGAGAUAAGGUGGUUGAUGGAACCAGGUGUGAUGAAGAAAAACUCGAUGUUUGUGUCGAUGGAAAGUGCUUGCCAGUCGGGUGUGACAUGUUGCUGGGAUCUGCGGCCAGGGAGGACAAGUGCCGAGAGUGCGGGGGCGACAACAGUGGCUGCAACACUAUCAGUGGCGUAUUGGACAACGAUCCGCUGCAAGUCGGCUACAAUGAUCUAAUGCUGAUUCCUGCUGGAGCCACUAAUUUGAGGAUAAGUGAAGUGACCGCAUCAAACAACUAUCUUGCUAUCAGAAAUCUUUCGGGCCACUACUAUUUGAAUGGCAACUGGAGGAUUGAUUUCCCGAGGAGUAUUCGAUUUGCUGGCACCAUCUUCCAUUAUGAGCGCAAGCCGCAUGUCUUCUUCGCACCCGAGAGUAUACAUUGCUUGGGACCAACUACCGAGCCACUCUAUAUUGUGCUGUUGUACCAAGAGACGAACCGGGGAGUUGAGUAUGAGUACAGCAUCCCCAAAGGCCGGGUGCAGGAAACAGACCCUGACAGCUACAUGUGGUAUCCUGGUGAAUUCGGGCCUUGCAGUGCUACUUGCGGAGGAGGUUUGCAGCAGCGGUCAGUGUCCUGUGUACGACGCAAGGAUUUGUCGGAAGUGUCGAGCGAUCUGUGUGACUCAGUGCUGGAGCCUGCGCGUGAGGGAGUGUGUGCCAAUGUGCCAUGCCAGCCGCAGUGGUCGGUAUCAGAAUGGGGAAAGUGCACCAAGCCAUGCGGCCCCGGCGCACAACGCAUCCGACAGGUGAUCUGUGAACAGAUAGUGAGCAACGGUCGGCCGUCAUUGGUUGAUUCCAAGACCUGUGAAGAACUGCAAGGUCCGGCUCCUCCCACCACCGAGGAAUGUCCUGACCUGCCUUGUCCUGUCUGGCAUAUUGGACCGUGGGCACCCUGUGACAAACUGUGUGGAGACGGCAAGCAGCACAGACGGGUGCGGUGCUAUCGCAGAGUGGAUGGCCGCAUUGAGGUGCUGGAAGACGCAGCCUGCCCAGAUGCAAGGCCUGACACUGAGAUGGCCUGCCACCUGCGCCCUUGCGAAGGCCUCGAUUGGAUCACAUCCGAGUGGUCAGGGUGCGAAGACAUGUGCGGCCUCAGUUUUGAAACGCGGGAAGUGAAGUGUGCCACUCAGAAGGGCCAGGUCUAUGAUGACAGCUUCUGCCACAAGUACCGACUGCCCGAGUUGAAGCGUGAAUGCAUCAGCACGGCCGAGUGCCAGCAUGAGUGGUACGCCUCACAGUGGAGUCAGUGUUCGGUGCGUUGCGGAGCCGGAGUGCAAUCACGCAAAGUGUUCUGUGCGACGUUUGAGAACGACACAUUCACCAAGGUGGAAGACUCCAACUGUGACGCCUCCAAGAAGUACGAGACCACUCAGAACUGCACGGGCAAGGAGGAGUGCAAGGGCAGCUGGUUCAGUGGGCCAUGGUCGUCGUGUUCGAAGCCUUGCGGUGGAGGCGUUCAGGCUAGAAAGGUGCUCUGUUUGCUGGACAACAAAGUGGUCGAAACUCGAAACUGCGAUGGAAGCCUGGUGCCAUUCUCCAAUGAGCCUUGCAACAAUCAUCCGUGUGGUGAAGACGAAAUAGUUCCGGUAGAAGCAUCGAAACCGAUCUCGUCUGAGGAGGAGGAAGGCGACUCUGAUGACUGCGACUACGAGGAGGUGGACGUCGAACAAGUGAGCGAAGACAAGGAGACGCCCGAGAAGAAGCCCGUCAAACUGGAACAGUUUGAAGACAACUUGAGCACUCUAUUGAGUGAGACAUCGUCAACCUCCGACUUUGUCACCUUCUCCUCGUCCGAACUACCGUCUUCGUCGCUCAGCACUGACAUUUCCGAAUCUACAUUCUUCUCGUCAUCAACGUCAGACGAAACCAGCACAUCAGACAGUAGCAGCAGCAGUAGCUCUGAGACAGGCAGCACUGAAAGCACCAUGAUGUCUUCUGACCUCAUGAUGAGCGACUCCACCGACUCAUCAUCUCUCUCAUCAGAUGACACCACAGAUAUCAGCACCCUGGUAACAGAUGGUAGCAGUUCAUCCAGUAGCAGUGACAGUUCCACGGAGACCACCUUAUUCGACCUGUUAUCGUCCACCAUGUCAUCACUGGGGCUGACUUCGUCCAGUGAAUCUAGCACUAGUCAGGAUACAACUGUGAGUGGUUCGGAGUCCACCUCUGAGGCUUCCCCCUCUCCUACCACCACGGAAGUGUCAUCAUCCUCACCGUCAUCAACAGAGGUAUCAUCAACAGAAGCAUCAUCAACUGAGACUACUUCGGAUUCGAGUAGUACUAGUGUGGAAACCUCAACUGAGUUAUCAUCAACUAGCAGUGAAGCAUUGUCUUCAACAAUUUCAUCCACUCUAUCCUCAGAUGCAUCCUCAAGCUCUGACACUACUACAGAAUCUUCAACAACCUUUGAAUCUUCCACAGCAACAGAAACAGAAACCUCUACAGGAUCCUCAAUAUCUUCAUCACUGUCUUCUGAAGGAACCUCCGAUUUGACUUCUGUAUCUUCGGAGUCGACUAGUGACGUCUCGUCUUCGAGUUCCGUUGCAACGUCGGAGGCGUUGAGUAGCAGUUCUGUAUCAUCGGAGGCGACUUCGAUAUCAUCUGAGUCGACUUCUGUAUCAUCUGAGGGAACAUCUGUAUCCUCAGAAUCUACAUCUGUAUCUUCGGCGGAGACUUCUGUAUCGUCGGAAUCUAGCGAGGGUACUUCGGUGACACCCGGUUAUUAUAGUGGAACGGCUACCACUGAGUUUGGAUCUUCGACGUUCUUGUCAGAAAUCUGGACGACACAGAGCCCAGCUGAGGCAGCAUUCACCAAGGAGCUGAAGACGUCAUGCAAACGCAGGAAGAAGUCCAAGAAGUUGAAGUGCAUCUUCUCACCCUUCGGCUGUUGUCCCGAUGAAAGAACUGAGGCUCAAGGUCCAUUCCACAAAGGUUGUCCCCUACCUAAGACGUGUGCGGAAACCAAGUUCGGGUGCUGCUUGGACGGUGUCUCGCCGGCGCAGGGACCGAAACAAGAUGGCUGCCCGGCGUCACAGUGCAACGAGACGCUGUUCGGCUGCUGCGAUGACCAGGUGACGCCCGCCGAGGGACAGAACAUGGAAGGGUGUCCCACACCACCACCGGAGACCACGCUCGCAUUCAACUGCAGGGACACUGAGACACCAACGACAACAGACGGUUUCCUGCCGCUUUCGAAUGAGACGACAGCUGAGACACCGACAGAGGAGGACUGUGCCAACUCCACCUACGGCUGUUGUCCGGAUGGCGUUGCCAUGGCGACCGGAGACAACAACCAGGGAUGUCCGUUUGAGCCCACGCAGCAGCCGCAAACUCUGGCACAGGCUUGUGAGGCCACCAAGUAUGGCUGUUGUCCUGAUGGAAAUACUACUGCAACUGGUCCGCAGAACGCAGGCUGUCUUUCGGAGUGUGCUUCAAGUGCUUACGGCUGCUGUGAGGACGGGGAGACGCCGGCGCACGGCCCCAACCGGGAGGGGUGCUGUCUCGGCACCCAGUUCGGCUGUUGCCCCAACAACGUGCUGCCUGCUCAGGGACCCAAUCUCGAAGGUUGCGGCUGCCAAUACUCGACAUACGGCUGUUGCCCGGACAACCGGACGGCAGCAAGGGGGGCCGCCAACGAAGGGUGUGGCUGCCAGUACACCCAACAUGGCUGCUGCCCCAACAAGUACACACCGGCCGCAGGGCCCAACUUCCAGGGCUGCCCCUGCUACACGCACCAGUUCGGCUGCUGUCCCGACGGCGUGCAACGGGCUAAGGGGCCUAACCAGUAUGGUUGCGGCUGCGAACAGACCGAGUUUGGGUGCUGCGGUGACGGCAGGACUCCGGCUGUGGGUUCGAGCGACAACUGUUCGUGUGAGGCGUCGCUCUAUGGCUGCUGUCUGGAUGGCGUCACCAACGCCUUGGGUGACCACUUUGAGGGUUGCCAGGAGGUGCCCACAAUGCCUGGAGAACAAUGCACACAGCCGAAGGACCGUGGUUCGUGCCGCGACUUCACAGUGAAGUGGUUCUUCGACACAGAGUAUGGCGGCUGCUCGCGCUUCUGGUAUGGCGGCUGCGACGGCAAUGCCAACCGGUUCCGCACGCAGGACGAGUGCAAGUCAACCUGUGUGGAGCCACCCGGCCGCCAAGUGUGUAACUUGCCGAAGAUCGAAGGCCCUUGCGAGGGCUACUACCCCACCUGGUACUAUGACUCAGACAGGAAGCACUGUGCCCAGUUCGUGUAUGGCGGCUGUCUGGGUAAUGCCAACCGAUUCGAGACCAAGGAGGCAUGUCAUGAGCUCUGCAUCAAGCCUGAUACUCUCGAUGCGUGCGACCAACCAAAGGAACGCGGACCCUGUGCGGGCAACUUUGAGCGCUGGUACUACGACAAAGAGCAACGCGCCUGCAUGCAGUUCUCCUAUGGCGGAUGCAAGCCCAACAACAACAACUUCUUGACGCAGACAUCGUGCGAGCAAAAAUGUCUGCAGCCCGGCCGCAGGAAAGGUCAGAAUUCACAAUAUUCAUUCCAAUUAUGUUUUCUUCCUCUCUCACAGUCAACCUGUGUGGAGCCACCCGGCCGCCAAGUGUGUAACUUGCCGAAGAUCGAAGGCCCUUGCGAGGGCUACUACCCCACCUGGUACUAUGACUCAGACAGGAAGCACUGUGCCCAGUUCGUGUAUGGCGGCUGUCUGGGUAAUGCCAACCGAUUCGAGACCAAGGAGGCAUGUCAUGAGCUCUGCAUCAAGCCUGAUACUCUCGAUGCGUGCGACCAACCAAAGGAACGCGGACCCUGUGCGGGCAACUUUGAGCGCUGGUACUACGACAAAGAGCAACGCGCCUGCAUGCAGUUCUCCUAUGGCGGAUGCAAGCCCAACAACAACAACUUCUUGACGCAGACAUCGUGCGAGCAAAAAUGUCUGCAGCCCGGCCGCAGGAAAGUGUCGGACAUUUGCGGCCUUAGAGUGGACGCGGGGCCGUGCCGCGGUUCCGUGGUGCGCUGGCAUUACGACGAGGCAGUGCGCAUGUGCAAACAGUUUGUGUACGGCGGUUGUCAGGGCAACGCCAACCGGUUCCGCUCCGAGGCGGACUGUAGGCGUCAGUGUCAGGCAACCACCAAUGAGGUCGUUGCUGUCGAACUAGAAGAGGAAUGCGCUCUGCCGCGAGCCGCAGGAAACUGCACCGAUCGUGUGCCGCUGUGGUACUUUGAUGUGUCCGAGAAUCGCUGCAUGCCGUUCUACUACACGGGCUGCGGGGGCAAUGCCAACAGUUUUCACACGCAGGAUGAGUGCGAGAUGUCGUGUCCGCCCAAAGUUGAACAAGACACGUGUUCGCUGCCGUUUGACACAGGCGCCUGCCACAACUACACGCAGAGCUGGUACUUUGACAUUUACGAAGGCAGAUGUCGGCCUUUCUAUUACGGGGGCUGCGGCGGCAACCACAACCGGUUCCCCACCGAAGUCGAGUGUCAGGCCCGUUGUGACAGCAACUUCAUUGCCACCGCGCAACCCCCGCCUGUUUUCACCACUGACAUGUGUUUCCUGGCGCUGGACAAAGGGCCGUGUACGGCGACAGAUGUGCUUAAGUGGCACUACGACUCAUACAACGGCAACUGUGUGCAGUUCAUCUACGGCGGCUGUGACGGCAAUGCCAACAACUUCGACACCCGGCAGGAGUGCGAGCACAAGUGCGGCGAUGCUCAGGACAUCUGCACGCUGCCGCGCGUGGUGGGCCCGUGCUCGGGCAACUACCAGCAGUGGUACUACGAGGCCAACUCGGACUCUUGCCAGCAAUUCGACUACGGUGGAUGUCAGGGCAACAGUAACCGGUUCAACUCGCGCCACGACUGCGAGGUCAAGUGCAAGAAGCACUUCCCGCCCCCCGAGCCCACCACCGCCCCCGCCCUGCCACUGCCCGGCGACCACAUCUGUGCCACGCCCGUCGAUGCGGGCCCCUGUCAGCAGCAGAUGCCAGUGUGGUACUUCAACUACGAGACGAGAAAAUGCCAGCUGUUCAUCUAUGGAGGCUGCGAGGGCAACGCCAACCGCUUUGAAACUGAAGAGCAGUGUGAGCGACAGUGUGGACAGUUCCGUGAUCAGGACGUGUGCAACUUGCGCGCCGACCCGGGUCCAUGCGAGCAAAACCUGCGCAAGUGGUACUUUGACGCGGCAAGCGGCACAUGCAACCUGUUCAACUAUGGCGGCUGCGAAGGCAACGGCAACCGGUUCAGCAGCGAGGACGAGUGUCACGCCAUCUGUCUGCAGCACCAAGAACCAUUCCCUACCGCCAACGUUACCAGCCAGUCCCAUCUAGCGGUGUGCCGACUGCCGGUUGACACAGGACCGUGCCGGCAAGGCCCGUUCACACGGUUCCACUUCAGCGAGCCACACGGCACCUGUCUGCAGUUCCAGUAUGGCGGCUGCGCUGGAAAUCUCAACAACUUCAACAAUAUGCAGCAGUGUGUCGACUUUUGCGGCGCACUGGGCGGCGCUAGACAAGAGGAGACUUCGAAGUGCUACUGGGUGGAGGUGGCGUGUGCGGGAGUGCGCAACUGUGACUACGGCGUGGAGCGGUGGGUGGAUGCCGAUGGCUGCGAGGCGUGUCGAUGCCACGAUCCCUGCAACACCUCCUCCUCCGCGCCCUGUCCACUGGGCAUGCGCUGCAGUGUCGAACGGCAGCUCAACAACCAGACCGGCGAUGUCGAGUUCAGGCCUGUGUGUCGGCCAGAAUCGAAAGACGGCGACUGCCCGAGACCAGAGACGCUAGGCGGGACAAACGAGGAGGAGUGUGGCGUGGGGUGCAACUCAGACAUGGACUGUCCGGGAGACGCCAAGUGCUGUCAAACUGGCUGCGGUGGUACAGUGUGUUCCCCGCCUUACAGGCACGCCCCGCCCCCUGCUCCUGUCACCGAGGGACCCCAUCAGCCGGCGCCCUAUCCGGGAGCUUCUCCUCCCCGAAUUCCGGAAACAGAUCCUCAAGUGGAGGCUCCCGAAGGAGACAUGCUGACCCUACGUUGUAUACCGACUGGCAUCCCUCUGCCGAUUGUCACCUGGUUCAAGGAAUCACAACAGAUUGGCGAUGCAAACUCAGCGACUGGCAGAUAUAAGGUAUCGCAGGAUGGAUCAUUGCAGAUUAUUGGACUGUAUCGGUCUGAUGCGGGCAUCUACAUUUGCGAGGCUUACAACGGCAUUGGCCAGCCGGCUCGACGUGAAUUCGUGGUCGUUGUUAAAGAUCCAGUGCAGAUGCAAGCGGCCGUGAUAGGCGACCCUCAGGCGAGCGUAGUGGUGAGCCUAGGUUCGCCGGCCACUCUGCAGUGCUACACUAUAGGCUGGCCCCGCCCGGCUGUCACGUGGUGGCGUGGCUCCCGAAUGCUGCCUCUCAACUCCGACCAGUACGAGCAGAGGCGUGACCAUUCUUUGCUGCUCCACUCUGUCACACUGACCGCCCUAGGCCAGUACACGUGCCAGGCCUACAACGGACUAGGACGUGCUGCCUCCUGGAACAUCGUGUUGAAAGCGGUGGGGCCCGUGUACAGCAGUGACCCCAAUGACGUCACCUACAACCAGUUCCUAGUGCCACCGCCCCGCACUCCCCAAGGGGGUCAAGGGGUGGCUCGUCCCUACUAUCCCCCUCCUGUUCCGCCCCCACAACCACCCCCUACACCAACUACUACUACCGCAGCUCCGGUCACGCCUAGGAUUUUUGUUGUGCCAGUAUCGACGAACAUCUCAAUGGAGCAGAGCACAUUCCCGGUCGGCAGUGACAUCUCGAUCCCUUGUGACGUAGACGGCUACCCUGUGCCUUCAGUGCGCUGGUACAAGGACGACCAACCCAUCUACAGUGGCGACAGCGAUCGUGUCCUUAUCACUGAGUGUGUCUCGUCAAAUAGACCCUACUUGAGUUGGUUUAUUACUAUUUCAAAUCACACUAACAAUGGGGUUGUUUUUUGGUUGGAUGUAGUGCCAGUAUCGACGAACAUCUCAAUGGAGCAGAGCACAUUCCCGGUCGGCAGUGACAUCUCGAUCCCUUGUGACGUAGACGGCUACCCUGUGCCUUCAGUGCACUGGUACAAGGACGACCAACCCAUCUACAGUGGCGACAGCGAUCGUGUCCUUAUCACUGAAAGCAGCCGGUUGAUAAUAAGAGAAGCGAAUGCGGCUGACAGUGGAACAUACAAGUGUGAGGCUGCCAACGCAUACAGCUCAGCUAACAGCACUGUAUCCAUUGCAGUGCAGGGAGUAUUCCUGCACCCGAACUGCACAGACAACCCGUUCUUUGCGAACUGUGCGCUGAUUGUGAAGGCACAGUACUGCACUCACGUCUACUAUGCCAAGUUCUGUUGCCGGUCGUGCACACUGGCAGGCCAGUUGCCGUCGAUUGGCCCCCAUCUGGGGCGGGGCGAGGGAGACUCCCCGUUGGACGGCAACAGCGUCUAUCGCCGCAGACGGAGGCGGGCAGUUGCCUCACUGAGCACGGCCUUGCUGCACCACUAGUUACACUGCUAACCAAUUGGCGUUGAGCGAUUCACUUCAAACUGGCAGUGUUCAUUGGGCGGGGAAACUGCCUGUUCGAAGUUGGAUCCAAAUGUGUUUGGUAAAUGAAGAUAUAGGUGGCUAGAAACAGUACUGUGUUUGGUAAAUGAAAGAGUAUGUGGCUAGAAACAGUACUGUAGUUGGAAAAUGAAGAGGUAGCUAGAAACAGUACUGUGUUUGGUAAAUGAAAGUUUAGGUGGAUAGAAACAGAACUGUGUUUAGUAAAUGAAAGAGUAGGUGGCUAGAAACAGAACUGUAGUUGGAAAAUAAAGAGGUAGGUAGCUAGAAACAGUACUGGGUUUGGUAAAUGAAGUUUUAGGUGGUUUGAAACACUACUGUAGUUAGGAAAUGAAAGGGUAGGAAGCUAGACGCAGUACUGUAGUUUGGAAAUAAAGUUGUUGGUAGCUAGAAGCUGUACUGUUGUUUGGAAAUGGAGGGGUAGGUAGCUAGAAACAGUAUUGUGCAUAGUAAAUGGAGUUGUAGGUAGCUAGAAACAGUACUGUGGUUUGGAAAAUGAAGGUGUUGAUAAUUAGAAACAGUACACUAAUUGAAAAAUGAAUGGGAUAAGUGACUGCAAUGAGAUUUACUACAAACUGUCAGCAUUGGCUGAAUGAGAAAUAUUGAUGAUGAAAUCAUAAUAAAUGCUAACAGUUUAAAGUAAGUAUCACUAUAGAAACAGAACAGUGGUUGGGAUGUGAAAGAGUAGGUGACUUGAGUACUAAAUUGAGGCCCGCUUUCUAACAUACUUUUCAAAUCCAAUGGUCCAUUAAACCUUUAGAUUUAUUAAUCCGUUAAAUCUAAUAAGUGCCUUGGAAACUGGCCAAUAAAGACGUAGUUGCCUAGAAACAGUACAUGAAAAUAACAUGGCGACUAUGGCUAGAAACAGUACUGGUUUGUGUUGCAGGGGUUGAGGCCAAGUAUUGCAAUGAAGUCAUACUAUUUCAGGGGUAGAAAUCUUAAGACAGUACAUUUAAACUAUUUUGUUAUGCGCAAUCCUUUUAUUUGAAUAGGUAGUGAAUGGCAGUUUGAAUGUUGAAACAAAUAGCAUUUCACAAACAAAACAUAAAAUAGUAUAAGGAAAUGAUAUUUACGGCCAGAAUUUUUAAUGAUCAUCAAUAACAUUCCUCAGCCAAUCACGUUUCAGUUGUCUAGCAACCAAUUCAGUAGCUGGUUGCUAGGCAAUCAAAUUUUCUUGGCUAAGAACAUUCUCGAGAAUCUGAGAUGAUCAGCAUAAUUGUUUCAAGUCUUAGGCUUUAUACGUAUAGAAUCUCUCUUACCAAAAUGAUAUAUUUGUGAAACUAUGAAGAGCAUUGUUGUUGUUAGACCACUGAUUCUGUGUUCAAACAAGUUGGAAGGAGACUUUUUCCGACUCCUAGAAACUAAAUAAUAAUAAUGUACUCCCACAUUACCAGAAUGUUUAGUUAUGCGUUAUGAACAUACAGCAAGUUACAAGUUUCGAAACAAAAUUCAUUGUUCUAUAGCAAUGAUUUAUUUUAAUUUCAAAAUAUCAAAAAACAAAUUGAUUCUUUGUAAAUAUAUACCUUUUGAAACAUGAAACACAUUUUAAGAACUUGUAGCUUGCUUCUACAUUAUUACCUAUUUAAGGCAUUUAUUUAUUAUAGACUGUAUUUAGCGAAUGAUAAUUUAUUUAGGAAUAAUAUUGUCAAAUUACUAUUGAAUAGUAUAAUUUGUAGCAACUGAAUGAAUAAAUUUAUUUGUGUUUUGAGCAAAAUAUAUUGCAAAAACAAUGUACUUACACUUACUUGAGUUUUAAUAGUUUAGUUGGUAGUGAUAACUGUUGAAGAAAUAGUUUCCAAAUAUUUUGUGUCUAUAAUGGAACCUUGGAAAUUGGUUUCUUUCCAUUGUACCUAUUACAGUCUCAUUUGCAAAUACUGGAAUUUUGAAAUUAAAUUCGACCAGAUUUUAUUUAGAAUAUCAUCUUAUGUCUCUUUUUCAUUAUGAUAAUCAGUGUAAAUUUUGUUCUCUAAUUUCUUUUGGACGUUCUAGUUUCUUAAUUGAUACUGAAGAACAGAAAUACCUUUUUAAUAACUCAAACAAUAAAACCGUUUUUCAAAUAUUAAACAGCUAAAAUGAAAUUUAUUGUAGUUAUACUGACGUAGAAUUUAUUAUCACACAUUCAUACAAUCUAUUGCUUCCAUUAGAUAAGAUGUUUACCAAACAUUUGUGUAAUAUUUAAUCAAUGUAUCAUAAAAUACUAUAUAUUUAUGUACCGUAGCUGUAGUUGGUGUGUUAAUAGAGUGUAAAUAUCAAGCUAGCACCAAAUGAGGAUAUUUUUAAAUAUUUUGUUAGAAUUGAUCAACAAGAUAAUCUACCCUAUUUUGAAAGCUUACUGUAAGCAGUUAGUUAUUUAUUUAUCGAUUUUCAAUAAAUAUUUCUAGUGCCUUUGAAUGUGCCACAUUAUUACUGUUAUUAUACAUCUAAAAUAGUAUUUGAUAUUAUAAAUACAAUUGAGAUGAUCUGUAUAAAAUAUCUUAUACUGCAAUUAAUUAUGUCUCAAUCAAUUAUUUUAAAAAAUCAUAACUGUCACAAUUUGUUUCAUUUAAAUUAUUAUUAAAUGGAAUAAUACAAUUCAUUCAUGGCAUUGUUUAGUUUCUCUCUGUAAUGAAAUACAUAGUAUAUAAGUAUUGUAUAUACUAGUGUACUCAGUACAACAUCAGCAAUGAUUUCUUAUAUCGUCGGACAAAAAUUAUCUGAUAAUUUUCAUCAUCUUAAUUGUUUGCUUUGAUCCAUUUUAUUUUUGAGUAGUAGGCUACCUAUCAAAAUAAAAAAAAACUUUUCGAUGAAUUUUAUUUAUAGAAUUAUAUCUAUUGAUUUUACGUGUGCCUGUAAUAAAUAUUACCACUAAUUGUGUACAUAAUAUUAUUUUGUAUAGAUAAAAAUGUAUUUAAUAUUCACUC